AUGGCAGACCGAGAUUUGUACACAGUGGGUUGGAUAUGUGCCAUCACCACAGAACUCGUUGCAGCAUUGGCCUUGCUUGACGAAAGGCAUGAUCGUCCGAAAGAGCUGGAUCCAUAUGACUCUAACAAUUAUGAACUGGGCAAGAUUUCCAACCAUUACGUCGCGAUUGCUUGUUUACCCGAGGGAGAAUACGGCAACGCCGCUGCCGCUGACGUUGCCGCCAACUUAUUACGAAGUUUUCCCAACAUCCGCAUUGGAUUGAUGGUGGGCAUCGGAGGAGGUGCGCCAACAGGCGAUCACGAUAUACGUCUCGGCGAUGUCGUGGUUAGCACUCCAGGGGAUGGCCAAGGAGGAGUUUUUCAAUACGACUUUGGCAAAACUAUACAAAAUCAGGCCUUUGUGGAAACAGGCUUCUUAGAUCAGCCUCCAAAGCUGCUACGGACGGCAGUUGCUGGGCUCAAGGCUCGCUACGAAAUCGAUGGGCAUUCACUUAAUGAAGAAGUGAGCAAGGCUCUUGAAAAGAAUCCACGACUCAAAAAAAGAUAUUGUCGCCCACAGGCCGGUGAUAGAUUAUAUAAGUCUUCUUUUAUACACAUCUCUGGAGCAUCGAAAACCUGUCAAGCAUGUGGCGACGACCCUUCCAACUUGAUGCCACGACCUCCGCGAGAUGAAUUUGAGGACGAUCCGGUUGUCCAUUACGGAUUAAUUGCUAGUGCAGAUAAACUUAUGAAAAAUGCAGUGAUUCGUGAUAAGCUUGCGGCGGAAAAGGGUGUCCUAUGCUUCGAAAUGGAAGCAGCGGGCCUAAUGAACCGUUUCCCAUGUCUUGUGGUCCGUGGAAUAUGCGAUUAUGCAGACACCCACAAAAAUGAUGAAUGGCAAGGCUUCGCAGCCAUGAUGGCGGCGGCGUACGCACGAGAUCUCUUACGCCGGCUUAUCCCAGAACAGGUGCAGGCGAGAGAAAAGGCAAAUGAAAUAUUGCUAGUUAAGUUCUUGUUGUAUGCUUUGGACCAACUGGGCGAACUUGUUCACAAUACUGGCACAAUCGCAUACAAACUUGAUCUUGCAAAACUGUCAAUUGCUGAUGAUGCAGAAUCUGCUUCUUACGCAAACCAGCACGAAGAGGAUUGUCUUCCGGGAACGCGGAUUAAAAUUCUCCAUGAGAUUGACAUGUGGGCCACAUCUCAAAGAAAAUGUAUAUUCUGGUUAAAUGGGAUGGCGGGGACUGGGAAAUCUACAAUAUCCAGGACUCUAGCAAAGCGUUUUCUGGACCAGAAGAUCUUGGGUGCUUCCUUUUUCUUCAAAAGAGGCGAAGCGGAUCGCGGAAAUGCAAAACAGUUUUUCUCAACCCUCGCGUCACAGCUUCAAACUAGAAUUCCCGGAAUGGUCGACUAUUUGAGAGAGGUCAUUGAUGCUGAACCUCAAAUAUCAGCAAAAUCUCUCAAGGAACAGUUUGAAAGGCUGAUUCUGGAGCCAAUAUCCCGCUUGAAGCCUAGUAGCAGCCAGCCUUCAAUUUUGGUGAUAGUGAUUGAUGCCUUGGAUGAGUGUGAAAAUGACAGAGAUAUUCGCGUCAUACUUCAUCUACUUCCACAGGUGCAGGAAUGCAGCUCUACACGCCUCCAGGUAUUUGUUACUAGCCGACCUGAACUACCAAUUCGUCUUGGGUUCGACGCUAUGGGAGGGAACGAUUAUCAGGACCUUAUCCUUCACCAGAUUCCCAGAGCUGAUAUCCAACAUGACAUACGCCUUUUUCUAGAGUACAAACUAGCCGACAUUCGCAAAAUUAGGUCUUUGCCCCAAGACUGGCCCGGUAUAACGGAAAUUACUACGCUUGUUACAAUGUCAGUUCCUUUAUUCAUUUAUGCCGCGACUGUGUGUCGUGUACUUGAAGACCACAACUUGGAUCCCCGACAGUCUCUAGAUGAUUAUUUCAGCUAUAAAGCCGAAGAAUCUACACUAGACGCGAUCUAUCUUCCGGUGCUGAAUCGUAUAGGUGCUAAAUACAACGAUAAUAGCAGACGGAAAGACCAGUUGAUCCAGGAUGUCAAGGAAGUGGUUAGUGCGAUUAUUCUUCUUGAGAGCCCAUUGUCAGUUUUCUCGCUGUCGAAGUUUAUUGAUCUUCCAACUAUGGCAAUCAAGGCUAGGCUGAGUUCAUUGCACUCGGUCCUACAUAUCCCGGAUGAUGAAACCGUGCCAAUAAGACUCUUCCAUCUGUCGUUCCGAGAUUUUUUACUAGACCCCAAAACUCCUGGUAAAACGGCAAUUUGGACAGAUAAGAAGGCAACACACGAAAAACUAGCCCUCCGCUGCCUUAGCGUUAUGGACACUUCUUUACAGAAGAAUAUCUGCAAUCUCGCAAGCCCUGCCAUUCACAGACACCAUAACAUAACGGCUAAGAUCGUCAACCAAUGCAUACCAAUACAGUUGCAGUAUUCGUGCCGAUAUUGGGCACACCAUCUAAUGAAAAGCCAAGAUCUCACAACCCAAUUAAAGCGUGCCCAAUAUUUCCUGGAAACAAAAUUCCUUUACUGGGUUGAGGCAAUGAGCAUUUUAGGGAUUUUACCGGAAGUUACUGAGAUAUUGAGAAAGCUGCAGUCAAUCAUAAAGCAUGAAAGUAAUUCUGAAAUGUCGAAACUCCUUCAUGACGCCAUACGAUUCAUUCUCAGAAACCAAACAAUGAUAAAUACGACACCUCUUCAGCUUUAUGUCUCUGGGUUAUUAUUCGCCCCGGCAACAUCAGAGAUUAAAAGGCUAUUCAGUGCAAAUUUGCCAGAUUGGAUAUCCAUGCCACAUACGAAUGAGAACUCCUGGGGUGCGGAAUUAGGGACACUCGACUGCUCUGAUAGUGUUGAUGACCACUGCAUAGCCUUUUCCCCCAAUGGUCUGCUACUGGCAGCCGGUGCUCAUGACGGGACUAUACAGCUCUGGAACGCAGUGACAGGCAACUCAUUGCAGAAACUGGAUUCUGAAUGUGAUUUUAUCCGAGCUAUAGUCUUCUCCCCAGACAGCGAUUUGCUCAUAUCAUGUUCUGGAAGCAUAGCAGACUUUGAGUCUACCACUGGCAAAUUGCAAUUUUGGGAUACUACAACAGGCACCUUACAGAGCACAUUGGAUGAAGAUGUGGGCGAUGUUACCUCUUUGGUGUUCACUGAUGGAGAUCGGCUACUAGCAUCACCGUCGAUGUCUUGGGAUUUUUUAAGUUGGGAUCGUUCCAACGGCGUUCAGAAGCAUAUGCUUUCAGAGCGUCUCACCGAAGAUAUGACUACAGUAUUUUCACUUAACGGCUUGCUUUUGGCAUCACAUUGUUUUGACAAAAAUAUAGAUAUAUGGAAUGUCCGCACAGGUAACUUACAGCAAACACUAGUAGGUUAUGGAGAUGUUGUUUGCGCAGCCUUUUCUCCAAAUGGCCAAAUAUUAGCUUCUAUCGAUGAAGACGGCAUCAUAACCCUUUGGGAUACCACCACAGGCGUCCAACAACAGCACAUAAUGAGGAGCGUUGGACAAGCGGGCAAUAUAAGAUUUUCACCAAACGGUCAACUACUGGCGUCCUCACAUGGGAACCCUGGACGGCCAGAAAGGGACAUGGAUGGCACCAUUGGUCUGUGGGAUCUCAACUCUUGCAACUUGGUUCGGACAUUGAAAGUCAAUCAAGGCGCAGUGUACUCCACGUACUUUUCCCCAGAUGGCGAAACCUUAGUAUCUGUGUCUAAAAACGGCAAAAACGGGCGAUUUAUUAAACUCUGGGAUGCCACAGAUAUAUCUCCUAUUCAAAUGCCUCAGCCACCUUAUUCCAGAGCUAGGGCCCUUUCUAAGCUAUUAGCCUCUGUUUACAACACGAGCACAAUCCGGGAGGCCACUGAGAUAUAUCCAACUCAGACACCUCACCCAUCUUAUUCCAGAGCUAUGGCCUUUUCUCUCGAUGGUCAGCUAUUAGCCUCUGUUUGCGGCACUGGCACAAUCGUCAUCUGGGACGUCACCAACGAAACUGUGGUUCGGAAGCUGAGAGACCAGUGCGGUACAGACCCGGUUGAGGUUUUAACCUUCUCCCCAGACGGGGCACUGUUAGCGUGUAGUUCCGACGCUGGAAGCAUCGGAGUGUGGGACGUCAUCAAAGAUACAAAACGACAUAGUAUCAAGGGCCAUAGCAAAACCCACGGCGUGGCAUUCUCACCGGAUAGCCUUUUAAUGGCGUGCAGUGACUUGGACAACAUAAUAAGGCUUUGGGAUCUUACUACUCGUAACUUGCAACAAGUCCUGAAUAUUCAAUCUUAUUCAUACUCGCUUUCUUUUUCUCCUAAUGGUCGUCUAUUGGCCCUCUGUCCAUAUGAUUCUCAUCCUUCGUAUCCAACGGAGCUCCGCAAAAUCGAAAUAUGGGAUUAUAGUACAGGUCAUCUGCUACACGCCUCCGCAUGGAAGCUCAAUGAAGUUUAUCUUGACCAGGAACUAUCUCGCAGAGAAUGUGAUUUUUCUGCGCUUAAACUUUGGAAUCCGGAAACAGGCAGCAUCAAUGAGUGUCUAGAGGUGGCCACGCCACUAGACGACUCGAGCUCGUCCAAAUCGAAUAAUAAGUGGACACGUCAGCUUAAAUGGAUCUAUGACAGCAACCUGUACACUCAAUCUAAGUGGAUUAUUGAAAUAGAUGAUCAUGCUGAGUGGAUCAGUUAUCACGGUACCAGGGUGCUAUGUAUUCCCCCUAACCAUCAUACAUAUUGUUGGGCUAUGAGUAAUAAUACUAUUGCUCUCGGGCAUUACUCUGGGAGUGUUACAUUCAUCAAGUUCUCGCCGCAGAUUGAGGCUUAA